AUGGUGGGCAACGGGAACGACACUGUGCUGACUGAUGGUGACGAUGAUGAGUGUAUCGCUGAGCAGGAAGACAAGGUAACGAAAGCGCUACAGGCACGACUGCGGUGUGGAAUGCAGCGCUUUGCAACGUCGGCAACGAAUCAGGGGGGACUAGUCAAACCCUCCGGGCCACCGAGUUCAGUUGCAGCCGCCGCUCAACGUAGUACGACCACGAAAAGGGAUAAUCUCACUAACAGCCGGCGUCAGGAGAUUUUUGUUGAGCACGUGAAGCACUUUAUGCGAUACACGGUGAUUGCCGAUAAGGCCCGGAAGUUGGUUUCGCUCGAAGAACGGCCGAAGGAGGAUCCAGAUGUUGGGAACGACCGCGUAGAACUACUGCGGAUUCACGUGUCCUUGCCAUGCGUAUGGCGCUACAUACUGCACGAGUGGGAGCGAGUGGAAGAAGCGUCUAAGAAAUCAUCGUCGUUGGCAGCAUCCCGUGAUGCCUCAGUGAGCAGACUCGUGAGUUUAUUCAUGAAGUGCCUUAACUCUUUAGAUGGCAUUCACGCGCUUCUAUUCAUUGCUUGUGCAGCUUGCCGUGCGUUGGAUUUGACGGGCGGCGUAACGAGCGUUCUAUUGCACUUGUUGCUGGAGACUGGUCGCGUGGAGGAGGACCGCCUUUUGAAAUCAGAUAGUGGGGAGCUCGUGUACAAGGCGAUCGAAGAAAUUGAUAAGGAAAUGCAUAGUCGGUUUGGGGGCAGCGACUGUUGUUAUUUCCAGACUCACUCGUACCUUUUGUUGUUAAUAUGGUACACCCAAAGGGAUGUGUCCGACAACGGAGGUCCUCUGAAAAUGAGCCACCAAGUCGUCCUUUCACAGGCAUUUGUGAAGGCGACAUCGCCUUACCAAACGGCGCGCACGCGAAGGGGAAGUAAAGCAGCGGCUUCUGUUGCUCCCUCUGAGGAAUCAGGGAAGAGAAAGCCGCGCGGCCGGCGCUGCGCGGGAAGCAGCGAAGACGGUGCCGCGUUAUCAGGUUUUGAUCGGCAUGCGACUUUGGUGACGGAGGUGCAGGAGCAUGAGACGAGGUGGGCGGAAGACAGUUCCAAAUUCCUUUUCAGUUUGUACGCUCUUCAAAAUGCCAGCGGUAGUGCCUCCUACGGCAUGAAGAAACUGGCGCUCCGGGAGGUCAUGGGAGCCGUGUUCCUCUUCCACCGCGUCCUUUCUGAAAGCGGAGUGAAUGACUUCCUAUUGGAAUCAAAGGAAAGCCGCAUAAGGGAGUUACAUGAAUGGUCGUUGUCAAAAGGCUUUGUCACGCCCCCUCUCACACAUGGUGGUGAGAGCAGCAACAACGGUACCACUGUUAACAGCUUUGCUUCAACUGAUGUUGGAGAGGAUGGUCUGAACGUAAUGAGUAUGGCCGGAAGGACCUACCGUGAAUGUACUGACGUGGAGAGAAGUUUUCCACGCGUGGCGAAUGCGCGAGCUAUGCUUCAACACGUCACGCAGAUUGCUGCCGCUAAUUACCGUGGGAACACACGUGCAGUAGGGGAGGGGUUCCCCCAUGAGUAUAUUCGGGCACGUCUGCAUCCUCACCAAGUAGAGAGCCUCGCUUACAUGCUUGAACGGGAAACGCGUGGUCUGGCACAGUACGUUGAACUUCGUGGCUUCUUUGAAGCUACCUCAGGCUUACCCUCAGAAGUUGCGGAUCGAAGUGCAGGAAGAGGGAGCAGAGAGUUUUCACUCUUCUACUCUUCCAUGUCCUCUGAGUGGUUCAUUGUGCGCAGUGAUUCUUUGUCUGCUCGCUUCGCUCGUCGAGCACUGCAUUGCGGUUUUUUAUGUGAUGAAAUGGGAUUGGGUAAAACGCUGGUAGUGCUCUCCCUGUGUGCAACCGCAAAGAAGCGUGCCAUUGAGUUGGAGGAAACAGAAGUACCGACGGUCACCACAUUAGGCACCGUGAAGGGGUCUAAUGUGGGUGCCGUCAACAAGGCAUUUGCAGAGAGUGAUGCCGGCACGGCGGGCGCAGGUGAGGAUGAACCGAUCUAUUUGUGGCGACACAUCCGGGUUCGUAAAACAGGUGCACCGUGGUCAGAUAUGUUGGAGGUUUUAUACGGCAGCUUACCGCAGCCGGUGUACCUUCCCACACCAAAGCCGCUUCCGAAAACGACCCUUGUGGUGGUGCCGCUCUCACUAUUGAUUCAGUGGGUGUCGGAAAUUGAUCGCUUUUAUCCACUUGCUCGAUACAUAUUGUUUCACGGCCCAUCGCGGCAGCGCUACACCUAUGAAGACUUUUGCUCUGCCGAUUUUGUGAUCACCACGUACGAAACCGUCGGUGCCCACCUGCGAGUGGAGACAGAUGCAGCGUUUCGUCUUCUAACUAUGACGCUGCCGUAUAUGGAACAUAAAGAUGCUUCCUUGGCGCAGUGGGAUACCUUUUGCCGCGGAUGUAACGAACGUCGGGCCCGGGCAGCGUCAGCGUCCCAAGGGGUAAAUGACUGCGAUGGAUCCGCUGAUGUCUUCGAUAGCAUUCUUAGCCUGUUUGAAUCGGCCCGGAGGCAAGUAGUUCUGGAGGCGGAAGGGGCACCGCCCGGUCCGACACUUGACUUUGUUUCUCAGUGGGACAAAACGUUUCGAGAGUUCCUGCGGAGUGACGUUCUUUACCUGACGGAUUUCGUCUUUGAACGCAUUAUACUUGACGAAUCGCAGAAGUGCUCGAAGACCUCCAGGCUUCAGUACCUCCAGGCUCGCCGACGAUGGGUUGUGUCGGGAACACCCAUCAACAACAACGACGUCAACUCUCUUCAACCUUUAUUUAAGUUCCUGUGGGCCGAGCUUAGUCCAUCGUAUUCUGUGUCUCCACUAAGCGCGUUUUAUUGCUCCUCUUACGACAAACAGCGGCACAUGAUCUCCGCCCUCAACGCAUUCAGAAGUUCGAGGAAGAUGGCACGAUAUGCGAUUAACAGCUUUUACGUCGGCCGUCACUCAAAGUCGUCCCCAAGUGACACACGACAUGUCCUGACCCAACCGGCAAUAAGGAAGCCACUGUGCAUGUGUAGGCUCUGCAAUCCGUUUACUAAGCAAACAGUUUAUCCGAAAUCCCCUGUGCUCACUUUGAAGGAUGCAUUGUAUCGUCGUGUAACGUCCGCUGCAAGCGAGGAAGAAACCGAGGGAUUCAUUUCCGACCGUGGUGGUUUGUUCCGGUCGUGGCGGUUUUCUGUGCCCUUGACACAUCUGAUGGUCCGUCAUGAGAAAACGGAGGAGCUGCAGAGGGCUCUGCAACUUUCUCCUGUCACCGAAGCGCAUGUGGAGGUUCCACUACUGGACGGCGAGCGCUUUCUCUAUGAUUACGCGGGAGACGUUGUAGCUCGGGGCGUUGCACUUUUGCAACGCCAGGGGUUGGUGGGAAACUGUUCAGCGAAGCUGCUGUCAUGGGUCUGCUUACUUGGCCGUAUGGCGUUGCAUCCUUCAACAGCCUUCGCUGACGUCCGAAACAGUGAUCAAGCACUGUAUGUGCAGUCCCAUCAGAAAAAUGAGCAAGUCGCUUCCAACUUCCUGAGUUCAGUUGUUUCCGUAACACCUAACGACGCGUUGGCGUACGCUAGGAAGCUUAUCGCGAACCGGCUUAAUACUACGGGAACCAGGAAAGGUCGGGGUGAAACCAAUGUGUUGGUUCCCCCGGAGACGACGGUGGAGACACUGCGCAAACUGACGCUUGAUCCCCCUGAAGUUCCAGAGUGCGCCAUAUGUCUCGAUACUAUGCUCCACCCAACCUUACUAAGCUGCUUCCAUCUAUUUUGUAAGGAGUGUCUGUUUGCGACGAUACAGGUGGCGAGACCAACACUUUCAAACGAAACUACCGCCCGCUGCCCUCAUUGUAGAAACCCCAAAAGCAUGAGGGAAAAAAUGAUGGUAAUUCAGGUGGAAAAUACGCAAGUAAGCACGCUGGGUGCACUCCAAGAUGAGGGCAUGGCGCCCCCCAACGGUGAAAACGUUUCUCACGAAGAACUGAAGCGACGGGUUGAUGCUGUUGGGCGCGGUAGUCGAAUUCCAAGGCUGAUUCAACUGCUUGAAGACAUAUGGGAUGAGGCCCCAGACGACAACGUGUUGGUGUUCUCAAAGGUGCCAGCGAUCCUGCAAAUGGGAGAGGCAGCCCUAAAGGAGGCUGGCUACCAAAACGUACACGUGAUCGAUAAUCACGUAACUUUGGUUCAGCGGAAGAAAAUUUUCGCCCAGCUCCACGCCAAUGCAGCGACCACCGCCUCAGCAACAGGGUCGGCCUCAGGAAGCACGCCUUCGGGUAACAACCGAGGACACGUGCUGUUUCUCUCUUCCCGGGUUGCAUGCUCAGGGCUCAAUUUGGUCUUUGCGAACCGCUUGAUUUUUAUGGAACCCAACCUCAACCCAGCCCAGCACCAGCAGGCAGUUGGUCGCAUUGACCGUUGCGGACAGUUGAAGAGAACAUAUGUGUAUGUAAUGUAUGCACCUCGCACUAUUGAGGAGAGGAUCAUGAAUCGGACCUCAGCUCUGCUGCAGGAGGCAAGUCAAGGUACUUUUCCUGACGUAGCAACAGGUCGAGGGGCUCCGGCAGGAAAUACCUCUUCAAUGGGACAAAGCGAGUUAAUUACUUUACUUCAAGCGCAACAAGCGUGA